AUGGGAAAAAGAACAAAAUGGGAAUAUCGUUACUUGAGAACAAACAGAGGGGUGUACAUAGGAGGCAUAAAAAAUAAAAAAAAAAACGGAUGGGGAAUUGCAAUCAACAACAAUGGAAACAAAUACGAGGGGCUCUUCCAGAAUGAUGAAAAACACUUGGUUGGAUCGGAGCUUCUCUGUUGCUUGCAUAGCCAUAGUUACAAACAGAGAAAAAAAAAUGAUGACCGAAAUAGCGAAGACGAAUUUGCACAAGGAAAUGUCUGCCUUCAUGAUAAUAGGUAUAUUUACAUAGGGGGGUACAGAGAAGGGAAAAGACAUGGAAAUGGAAUUUUAAUUGACUACAACACGUAUGCUAUGUACAGCUGUAUAUUUCUGAGGAACGAAAUAAUAUAUAAAGAUAUUUUAUUUUCUGCGGUUAAUAAUAUUCCGCCCCAAUAUGACAAGUACAGAUUGGCUGCGUCUUUUCAGGAGAAAGGAAGGGAUAAGAAGGGGGGGGCGCACAAAGCGCGCCCACGCAGAAGAGAUAGGGUCAAAAUGGAAGGAGCAUCCAAGGAGAGUGAAUAUGAUGAUAACGCAACAAAUGGGUGUUACCUUGACGGAGGCGUCGUUGAAGAAGAAAAUCCUACCAAUGGAAAUACCGAAUUGAAUGGAAAGAACAGAAGGGAACGAAGCGUGCAUUCCUUCAUAGAGAACCAGUACAAGUACAACAUUUUCAGCUACGUCCACUUUUACCAACAGUUAGUGAACAAAGUAAAGAAGGAAAAUUCGCGAGAGCUCUUUUCCCAUUCUGCACAUACAAAGGAAGUAUACAUGGGGGAGAGCAAAGGGGAGAAAUUCCCAAAAAGUACGUUAAAAAAUGGACAGGAGAAAAAAGACAGAAAUAAGUUUUGCCCUAAUGGUAGGAAGAGCAAAGUACGAGGUGUCACGUCUGCACAGAAUGGCUCAAUGGACGAAACACCUAGUGACAAACGCGAAAAGGAACAAACAGAUAAUUUUCCCAUUAAAAAAAUUCACAACAAGUUUGGAAAUUUGGAAAUGGAGAAGAUGCUGAUGGAACCUCUUGGAAAAAAUAAAUGGGUAAAUGGUAUCUCCAAUGAAGAGACCACGCGUGAUACAGAGAAAGGUAGGUUGGAAAUAUGUGAGGGAAGUGUACCUCGUGAUGGAAGUGGAUGCAGCAAUAACAUGGCGUAUGUCAGUGGCCGAGGAGUUAUUCAAGAAACGGAUUGGCUUGAAAAGAGGGAGGAACUUCUACCAAAUGAGGAUUGUGCCAUGUGCAGCAACGCAAAUUUGAGGAGCACACAGGGUGAUAAUUUAAGGGACUUGUCCACUGCCGAGGAUGGCAUUUGCGUGAUGGUAGAGAAGGAGGAAGGAAAUAAGGUAUAUGUGAUGGGAAUGGGGCAGCAAAUCCUCCAGAAGGAAAACGCCGGUGGCAUUGCGGCUGAAGGAAAAUUCGCUAACGACCAGUUCAGUGAGCAGAGUAUAGAAACUCCCACCGUGGUGAGCAACAUGGAAAGCAAGGACUCAGAGGAAGAGCGCGCCGAUGGGAACUGCUCGGGUGUACCCCGUGUUACCGUUACCCAGGUGAGACGUGAGAUGAUGGGGGAAAUCCUCGGGGGGGAGAGCAGCACAAGCGGAGGUAGUAAUAGAAUCAAUAGAAAAAGUGGUGGAAAGUUGGGGAGGAGGGAAAAGAUCAAUCUGGUGGAGGUGAAUAAUGACGGUUGUAAGAACACUCUGAAAAGUGUAAUAAGCGGCGUGAUCAGUGGGCCCGAUAGUAGGCAUCCCGUGAAAGGGAAUGAAGAUAUGGAGACAGCUGCACAUGACAGGAAGAAGGUUAACCACAAAGGGGAUAACGGUAAUAGUAACCCAUUUUUGAAGCAAAGGAGUGAUGAUGAUGAGCUGAGGAAAGAAAUAGAAAAUCUUCUUCCAAGAUGGUUAAGGAAGAAGAAGAAAAAAAGAUGUCUGUCAUGUGCACAGAACUGUGUAUACUGGGAUGUAUUUGAAUUAAAUUUUUUUUUUUUUUUUGUUGGAGUUCCAAAAAAGGCGAUAGAAAUUUUUAUACGAAAUGAGAUGGACGGUUAUUGCCUAAAAUAUAUGGAAGAGAAAUUAUUAAAAUGUAUGGGUCUACACGACAAGGUAGUAAAGAAGUACGUAAUACUGUGUGUGCAGAUUCUUCUACGACUGAGGGAAAAGUAUAAGUACAGAAAGAGGAGCAGAAGAGUAAAUGGCAAUGUCAUCCAAGAGGACGCAUUCCUUCUUAAGAAGAAUAAAUUACACUACCUAAAUUUAAUAGGCAGGGGAGGUUAUAGCAAUGUGUACAGAUGUAUAUAUGGAGAUAAAUUAUUAACAUACAAUGAUGACUAUUUUUGCAUGAAAUAUUCAGUUAACAAUAUAGCAUUAAAAAUAUGUAAUAAUAAAAAGUAUAGUUAUGAGUUUUUCUCCGAAAUGGAUAUUUUGUCGACCUUAAGGCACCCUAACGUUUCCCUAUUCCUAGGUGCACUAAAAUACCCCCAAGGAAUUGCUCUAGAAUAUAUAAACUGUGGAAGCAUAUUUGACCUAAUACAUAAGCAUAAGGUAAAAAUAGAAUUAAGAGACAUCAUAAAAAUGGGAAAAGAAAUUGCCGCCUUUAUGUGCUUUCUGCACUACAAGGGUAUUUUACAUUGUGAUUUAAAAUCAUCAAAUAUUUUGUUAUCCAUGUCGGGGGAAAUUAAAAUUUGUGACUUUGGAUUAUCUGUACAUAACUUUACUAAGAAGCCGAGGUUUCUUGGAAUUGUUGGUACAUACCAAUGGACAGCUCCAGAAAUUUUAAGAGGUGAAGGAUACACUGAACAGGCAGAUGUAUACUCCUUUGGAGUAAUUUUAUGGGAAAUGGUACAUAGGCAAAUCCCCUUUCGGGAACUGAAACACCCUUUGGAUAUUAUUGCAUGCGUUGGCUAUGCUGGAAAGAAGCUUGCCAUCAGCAGAGCCAUUGCACCCCCCGUCAGGUAUAUUCUGAAGAGGUGCCUGCAUAGAAAUAGGCAGAAGCGUAAGUCCUUUUUUUUUUGGUCCGAGUAUUUGGACAUGUUGCGCGAGACGUGCGUGGUGGAGAGCGACACUUUGGUACAGUGCGUUUGA